GUGAUGUUCGCGAGCGUUCACUCUCGUUGUUCCAAAAGCGCUAAUCUGACAACCGAGUGGAUCCGGCAGUACAUCUACUCCACGCACAGACGUGCCCGCCUUGAGUUUAUAGCUUGGUGUUUUUAUUCAGGUCAUCCUCGCACCCAGCACAGCGCGGACACUUGUGAACGGGCUCUGCUCCCAAUGUUUACUUCCCCAGCAUGUCUCUUCCAGACAGGAAAAAGUAACGCUUCGGUUUAUCGAAGAUAUCUAUAUGAUGAGUCGAUUGGAAAGCCACUAUGUUUGUACGGCUAAUGCACUAUAGCUUACAGUAGUUAGGACAUCUUCCUCUCUUGUUGUCGACAAUUGGAGAUCCUCUCGUGCUCCAUGAUGGCGAUGUUUCGGAGCUUGGUCUUGGGCACCCAGCUCCGCCAGCAGCAGCAGCCGCAGCAGCCCAGCAGCGGCUCCGGCUCGCUGGCAGCCCCGGCGGAGGGCAUCGAGAGCCAGUUCUCUUGUCCCAUCUGCCUGGAGGUCUACCAUGAACCCGUCAGCAUCGCCAGCUGUGCUCACACGUUCUGUGGGGAGUGUCUACAGCCAUGUCUUCAGGUGACCUCGCCCCUCUGCCCUCUCUGUCGUGUGCCCUUUGACCCCAAGAAAGUGGAGCGCUCCUCCAGUGUGGAGAAGCAGCUGGCCUCAUACAAAGCACCCUGCAGGGGCUGUAACAAGAAGGUGGCUCUGGUGAAGAUGAGGUCCCACAUUGCUUCCUGUUCUAAAGUACAGGAGCAGAUAGCCAACUGUCCUAAGUUUGUCCCUGUGGUCCCCACCUCCCAACCUAUACCAAGAAAUAUUCCAAACCGGUCAACAUUUGCGUGUCCGUUCUGUGGGGCCAGAAACCUGGACCAGCAGGAGCUGGUGAAGCACUGUAUGGACAGCCACCGCAAUGACCCUAAUAAAGUGGUGUGUCCGGUGUGUUCAGCCAUGCCGUGGGGAGACCCCAGCUAUAAGAGCUCCAACUUCCUCCAGCAUCUCCUCCACAGACACAAGUUCUCUUAUGACACCUUUGUUGACUACAGCAUUGACGAAGAAGCAGCGCUGCAGGCAGCUCUGGCACUGUCGCUGGCUGAAAACUGACAACUAUCACACCACAGCCACCUUCUCACCAUGAGAACCAACCUGACCAUGACUGCUGCCACUCUCGUCCCUCUGCACUGCUGCUGUUCCUCACGUCUCAGAAGAUAUCAUCCAGCCGACAGACACAGCUGACCCUGCCGGGUUCACACAGUCUCUACAGAAAGCCACAUCGCGGAGAAGUCCAGCCAUGUUUGGAUUUGGUGAUAAGCUUACUUCCUUUUUUUUGGGUUUUUCCUUGGGUAGCAGGACAGCCAGUUUGUUACGCUACAGAGCAAAAGCAGUUGGGACCUGUCUUCACUGCUUCAUUUGAUUUGAUGAUUUGAAGAUAAAACAUUCUGUGGGCUUGGAAUGGAUCCAGUGGGCAGGUUUGUAGUUGAGACCACCUAAACCGAGACCAAGUCACCACCAAGACCAGAGUGUAUCGAGACCGAGACAAGACCGAGACCAAGGCCG